CGCAGACCAGACGCAUUCUCCCGUAACCGGUAGUCUAGAAUUUUCACCCCAUUCCAUUUUCCGUGGUGGUUAUCGGCCAUCCACAUCAUUGUACCUCUGCCUGAGGCGUCGCCGAUGAUGGCAACUUGUAACAUCUAAUGGCCACAACCAAGCCGUCACGUCCCUUUUGUUGCCCAUAGCCUUGGUCUUGAAGCCUUCUCGACUUAGGGCAAGCUUCGCCUCAACAACACUCCACCAUCCGUCCCUGUUCCCACAGACAACAACCAGGGGUAGCAAUCAGCGACGAGGAAAGAUACCGAGCUACCCUCAGCCGCCGACCACCGGGCCCUCGCCCACGUACAGAACGAUCGCCCGUCUUCAGGAGCAACCCGCUUGCAAGCCACCCACAUCCUGUUCAAUCGCGCCCUGACCUCUUCCAACAUCCCACCCAGUUUCUGAAGCAGUUGGCUGAUAUCCUCUCCUAUCGCACUAUCACCAUGGUGAAUCUCAAGGUGAUGAACCCACAAGUAAUUGUAUAUCCACCUCAGGAAGAGAAACUGAAUGAGCCGUGUAUUAGCUAUCCUCCGAAUGACUUCCUGCAGGGCCUCCCGAACCCGCACAACUCCAAACCCCGGUCAGCUCUAAACGCCCUCCUACAAGCCUUCACUACCCUACCUGAUCUGAACGAAGAGCUACCCGUCGCAUCGCCCUACGCCGCAGUAUCCGAUUUUGUGUGCACUGUGCUCCAAUUACACGGGAACCCCGUUUCCGACGACGUGCCCUCGCCACGCGUGGCAUCGGCCGAUUCGCUGGAGUUGGAAUGGUGGAGGAGCGCAUCUCGGGUUCCGCAUGAUGAUAGCCCUGAUGCGAGACAUACGCUGCCUCAUGAGAGCGUGGACUCGAUUUUGAGCACGUUGUUUGAUGAUGUGUUGCUGUUGACGAGAUUCGGGCAGCGGUUUCAGAUUGGGUUGGUGCACGGGCCACAUCCGGAUUGUGUCCCGGAAAGGGCGGGAAGGGUGGGCGAUCGGAAUGCGCAUGUGGAUACCGAUGGUGAUUCUACCCACGAGGAAGGUGUGGAGAACGGGACCACGGAGGGAGCUAAGGAGAACGGGACAACACAGAAUGGAAGCAAGCGAGCGAAAUCGAACCACGAAACUGCAAAGUUCCUCAAGAUAUCGCUCGCCCAGUAUUCCCGCAACGACUGCGUGACCCUGCUCUCGUUGCUAAACGACCACCUGGGCCACGCGGUCGCGACGUUCUUCUUUGGGGGCGCCUUCAACAACCGCUCACUCAUGAAAUCUCAACUCCCCACCCCACCGACCUCAUCCUCCUCCACCUCGUCGCCCUCCUCCCAUUCUUCCUUCCACCCACCCACCGGCCGCCCCCUCACACCUCCAACACCCCGCCCACCCCCUCGCAAAACCCAAACCCGCAUCACCGUCCUUCCCCACUUCUUCACCAUCUACUUUCAACGCCCACUCGACCCCACCACCCCCCAAACCUACCACAACACCCCCGUAGAACUCCCUACCGAAGUCGAUCUCGGGUUCUACCUCUCCAACCGCCAAUCCGACCAAAAGACGUUUUAUAGACUGCACGGCUUCGUCACGCAGACCGAGGGACAUUUUCUGACGUAUACGAGGUUGAGGGGACUGCCGCAGUGGUAUAGAUGUGAUGAUGAUAAGGUAGUUAAGGUAGAGCUGGGGCCGAGGGUGGAGAGUAGGGGGGUUGUGUUGGUUAUCUAUCGGUUGCAGGCGGGUGGGACGCCGAAUUGAUGAGACAGACUUUUGUUUAUAUAGAUGGACCCUCGCUUUUUGUAUAGAAAAAUUUGCGACGUGACCGUCGGACUUUUGCAAAUUGGAGGGGAAUGGGAGGUCCCAGCUCUCUCUGUUAGAAGUUCCCACUGCCAGAUGGGAAGAAGUCCAGUAAAUAAACGAACAUAU